GGACGCGACGCGACGCGUGUCUGCCUGCCCGGCUGGGGGCCUGCGUCCCGCGGGCCGGAGGGCGGCGGGGCGGGGAGGUAGUUCCCUCCCUCUCCCCCUCUCCCUCCCUUCUGCCUCCUCCCUCGCUCACACGCACACACAAACACGCACACACACACGCGCGCACACACACGCGCACACGCGUACACGCGCGCGCGCACGGAGCAUCCUCCCGUCAGGGCUCUGGUCCAGCCCCGCCCGCGCCUCCCGGUCCCCGCAAACCCUCUCCUCCUCUCCCGCUCUCCUCAUCGCCUCCGGCUCCCGGACCCUCCGCGCCCGCGCCCGCCCCUCUCCCGGGAUGGAGCGGCUCGAGCCCGCCCGCAGCCCCCCGCGGCCGGGGUGACGGCCCCCGCCCCUCCCCGCCUGGCGCGCGCCGCGAGCACCAUGGGCCCGAGGGGCUCCCGCGGCGCCCGACGCUGAAGAUGACUGAUGCUGGAGCUCUCUUGAGUCAUGGCUUCUUCAAAGCUACGAGAACCUGCGGAUGAGGUUUUUGACCUGGACUUGGCUGUGCCAGAGACCGUCAGACUGGACAGCAGUUUACACAAGGCCCGAGCCCAACUCCUGGCCAAGGGCCGGAGACACCGGCCCUCCCGCUCCAGGCUUCGGGACAGUGCCAGCUCUGCAGAGGACGGCGAGGGCUCCGAUGGGCCCGGAGGCAAGGUGACCGACGGCUGCGGGAGCCCCCUGCACCGGCUGCGCUCGCCUCUGCACUCGGGCCCCGGGUCUCCGGCCGGGGGCUCCUUCUGCCUGGAGCCUCCGGGCUUGCGGCGCAGCCUGGACGAGGACGAGCCCCCGCCGUCGCCGCUCACACGCUACCGGCCCCUGCACAACGCCGCCUCGCACGAGGGCCUGGCCGCCGCCUCCUGCUCGCCCCCGCGCUCCGCGCCCUCCUCGGACAGCUCGCCCAGCUUCGUGCGCCGCCACCCGCGAGCGGAGCCGCACAGCGAAGAUGACAGCCGGGAUGCCAGCCCACCGGAGCCUGCCAGCCCCACCAUCGGCCUGGAUAAGAAGACUCGCCGAAAGUUCCUGGACCUGGGGGUCACCUUACGCCGAGCAUCCACUAGCAAGAGCCGGAAGGACAAGGGCAGCAACCGUUUAUCCAUGGGCAGCAGGGAGUCAGUGGAGGGGUCUGGCAGGUCAGGGGGCUCCCCGUUCCUGCCCUUUUCCUGGUUCACUGACAGCGGCAAGGGCUCGGCAUCCUCUGGCAGCACCACCUCCCCCACGUGCUCCCCAAAACACGAGGGCUUCAGCCCUAAGAAGUCAGCUUCUCAGGAAUCCACCCUGAGCGAUGACUCCACACCCCCUAGCAGCAGCCCCAAGAUCCCAAGUGGUCCCCGGCAGGAGACCAAGUGUUCCUACCCCUACCACACGCUGUCCCAGUCUUCAGAUGAGUUCCUGGAUGAACCUCUCCCCACUGUCCACCACUGGACCAGCCAGCAGGUGGGCCAGUGGCUGCACAGCCUCAACCUGGAGCAGUAUGCCGCAGAGUUUGCUGCGCGGCAGGUGGACGGGCCCCAGCUCCUGCAGCUGGAUGGGAGCAAACUGAAGAGCCUGGGGCUCAGCAACUCGCAUGACCGGGCGCUAGUGAAGCGGAAGGUGAAGGAGCUGGCGGCCGCCGCUGAGAAGGAGCGCAAGGCCCAGGAGAAGGCUGCACGGCAGCGUGAGAAGCUCCGGUGCAGGGAGCAGGAGGCCAAGAAGAGCUAGGGGAGGGCGGGGGGCAGGCACUGGCACCCAGGCGCUGGUGGCCGCCGGGCUCGGUGGGCAAAGGCCUCAGCGGGAGGCAGGGCCUGGGCACCAAGCUUGGGCUAGCCGGGCCCCACUCAGGGGGGACAUGCCCUCUCUCACCCUGUCGCUCUGUCUGGGCCCAGAUCCCCCAGAAAGGGAGACCCCAGGAGAGGCCCAGUAAUAAAUCCAGUUUUAAGGACUUGUUUGGCACAGAGUUCCUAGGGGAACUGGCAGGUGAUGGGCAGAGGAUGGAGAGGCCAGGGCUGAAGCAAGUCCGGGAACCCUGAGGCACCUGGGUCAGUCUGACCCUCUACCCUCAGGCCACCGCGGCGCUGGCCGGCAAGGAGUAGGACACCUGCCUGCCUGCCUUCCAGAGGUCCUGAGAUGGGGCAGGGUCCCAGGGCCUAGAGAGAUAGGAAGCCUCUCAGCAAGGGUGGGUGGAUGGAGUGGUUUCUCUCUGGCUCUCCAAGGUGGCUGCGUGCUGAGAGAGCGCUCUUGUGCUCCCAAGGGAGGCUGGCAGGCACCACGGCAACUUGCACUCAGGGUAGACUCUGGCCUGCACUCAGCAGGAGAGGAGAGAGGGCGGCACGGUCAUCCCAUGAAAUCUUUGCCAGGACUUGAGGAGCAGGAAGGGCGGAUGAAAACCGCCUCCUUCCCCUUCCCUGUCCUGUGGGUCCCAAUGGUGAGAUGACAUCCAUACAGGUCCGCCCCUCCUGGGAUCCGCCCAAGGCCUGGUCUUUGACCUGCAUUCUAACAUAGGACCCACUUCUGUUCACCCUCAGAGGACAGCUGAGAGCCCUCUCUGGGGACAGAGCAAACUCGGGAGCUGGGGGUGACAGAGGACACCCCCGCCAAUACCUAGGUGGCACUGAAUGGGUGAAUUCUCACCCCCUGCCUGGUAGAGGGGUAAAAUCUGGGAAUUCCCCUGGAAUUUCCUGGAAGGGUUCAUCAGCCUUCCCCCAUCGGCUCUGGUCCCUGUUGGGGCCUCAGUGGGUUCCAGAACUGACAGACAGUGCGGGUGUGGUUUCCCUGGGCCACAAGGAAGGGUGAGGCCAGGCCCCUGGGUGGGGGACGCAUCUAUCCCAGGAGCCCAGGGACGACAUCUAUCCUUAUGAGGAGGGAGUGUUCAGGUGCAGACUGGCCAGCCAGCUGGCCUAGCUUCUGGAGGAUGGGCCAGUUAUCAGUGUGGCUGGGGGCCCUCUACUUAGAAGUCCCCCUCCCCCUCCACCUGUCUGGAGUGGUGGACAGGACCCAAUGCAUGCCAACCUUCCUCAUUCCCGCUCAGGGGCUGUGGCUUCAAGGCCAUCCCUGCUGUGAUCAGGGCCCUGUCCCUGGGACUUGGUCCUUUACCCCCCUCUGCUGUGUGGGGAGAAGAGCUUCAGAGGAAACUGAGAUAAUGGGGCACCAGCACCAUCUGGGCCUGCUGGAGGAGCUGGUGAGGAGGCUAGAAGGCACCCAGGCCUUUGAAACUAUCAGGAGCUAUAUGGGUGCCCACCUGCAUGUGAAGGGGGGGCAGUACUCAACUUAUUUCAAUAAACACUUAUGAUGUGCCAGUGA